UGAAUGCUUGGGAAACGCAAAAUGGCGGCUGGCUUCAGAUCAUACGUCUGGGAUCCAUGCUUAAUAAUUUCACAAAUUGUAGCGGUUCAGUGUGUUUUCUACAUUUUCUUGGCACUCUGGAUUCUUUUAGUUGAUUUUUGGACAGGAUCUACGCGGUCGUUAGACCAAUUUUUCCGUGCCAAGGUGAGGACAAAGAUGUCAAUCACGUUUGCUGUGGUUGGCUUUUUUCUCAUGCCCUUUUCUCGUUUUCCUAGGAACUGCGUUUUACAACGUUCAAGGGAAAGAUAACCAUGGCGGCGUUUUGUUUGAAUGCUCUGACUGGGUGAGUUAAAAAUCGAGGAUUUUUGUUAUUAAUAAGGGUUCCGCCGGUUCGUGUACAGCUGCUCUCAUGGGGUGAGACAAUAAAUUGAAGAGCCAAAAACGGAAGUAAAAUAUAACCUUAGAAUAUUAUACCUGCCAACUCUCACGCCUUAGGCGUGAUUCUCACGCCUGCGGGUUGAAAACUUCGAUCUCACACCGGCUCACGCUUGUGGGCCAAUUUCUCACGCCUGAUUGAAAAAUGUGAGUUGUUGCCGUCUUGCUUGACACAAUUUCCAAAAAUAUGUUAACUCAGACCCAUGUAAGGAACGAAAACCAUGUGUAAAAUGAAUAAAUGACAAUACCUACCUACCUCGCGAUCUCUGAUUUUUGAAGUGAAAAGCGAGUGAAAACUUCGCCUUUGGCAGACUUCGGACGUCUUUGGAAGACUUCAGACAUCUUUGGAAGACUUCGGACGUCUUCGGAAGACUUCGGACUUCUUCGGAAGACUUCGGACUUCUUCGGGAAUCUUCGGAAAUGAUCGUGUCGUCUUCAAAAAUCCCAGCACUCCCAGGAUAAAAAUCUCACGCUUAUAUCUCAGAAAAAGUUGGCAGGUAUAGAAUAUGUAAUGGUAACAGGACUGAGUGGAGUCCAAUUCAGUCUGUAAUCAUAUGAGUGAUUAACAAAAUCAGACGACCGCGUAGCAGGAGUCUGAUUUGUAUAAUCACGAGUAUGAUUACAGACCAAAUUGGACGACACGAUGUUCUGUUACCAAUUAAUCAUAACUUUAACAAAAUUUGUGAUAUAAUAAGCUAUAAUUUUAAAUCAAAACACAAGAAAUUCGAAAUUUUGUUUUGCUAGCAGUGAAAAAAAAGCCAUUUAAGCGCGCGCGUGAUGGCAAGUACUGUCCAAUUACUUAGGCAUGACGCCCACUGUCCUAUUAAACUUUCCAAUUAAGGCUGAAAUCAGGGCAGUUGAUAGUCAGAUUUGACAAUUUUGUUAUAGUUAUGAAUAAUUGUAUAAGCGUAUCGUAUUUCCUUUAAUAAUAGCCAGCCCCUCGAGUAAUGGCCUCCCUCAAAUAAUCGCCCCCCUUUGACGUAACUAUUUAAAACUAGCAGAAGUGCGGGCAAAAACCGCUUUCAUAUGUAGGUGAAUUCCUUUUACUGAGGGUCAUGAAAACUGGAUUGAAAAAAAGAAAAGAAAGAAGAAGAAUUUGUACAAUGAAAUUUAUUAAUUUAUUUUAAUUUGAAAUGAUCAUUUGCCUGUCAAAACACCAUUCGUAUAUUCAUGAGUUCAUUAAGGUUUUCUAAAAACAGCCACUUCGGGAAAAAGUAAGCCGAGAGUUUGCCCCCCUAGUGAAUUAGCCCCCUGCGAGUUUAAUAGUGGAGCUCUCGUGCACGAAGUCCCCGCGGCAGAGCACCAUGGGUAAGAAAAUUUGGUUAUCUAUGUAUCCAAGAAAUUUUGGUUCUGAGAAGAUCGUACUUAUGUACGUCCACCCCUUCAUGUAAGCCAGGGUGAAAUUUUGCAUUUCAAGUACCAACGUGUUUUGGCAGUAAAUCGCAUAGCCACCCAGUCUUUUAGAGAUAAAGAAUAACGUGAAAAUUUUAUAGCAGCAGUGAGAACAUGAGAAAUGCUAGCAGCCACCAGGGUGAAACUGAGUGGCAGCAAAAAAAAAAGUGAACAGGAACACAUUAAACAUUUCCUCUAUGAAAUGUGUAACUAGGUAGUUUCUGGAAGUUUCACGUUAUAGUGUCAUGCAAGACAAUGGCAAAGAAAUGUACACAAAAAAAGUGUGCUGCAUGUGCAGUUAUUUUUUGCUAAUUAGACCUACUGAUUUUUUUUGGCUGUUUUUGUUGCCAUCACUGCUUAGCAGUACACUAUUUUUGUAUAAUGUAUAAGCCCCCCAAACUCCUAACCCAAAAAACCCUCCAUUAAAUGGCCGCUCCAAACAUAAGCCCCGCCAUGGACUUGUACUUGGAAAUUGCCCUAGAAUACAAAGUAAAACAGAGCAAAAACGGUAAAUUUCCUUCCAACUAAAAGGCUAGCUGAAUCGGUUUUGAAACGCAAAUUUCCCUCUGUAGAUAAGCCCCUCCAAAAAUAAGCUCCUCAAAAAGGGCCUUUGAAAAAUAUAAGCCCCAGGGCUUAUUUUCGGAAUUUGACGGUGUUUUGUUUCGUGUAAACUAUAGAUAUUAACGAGAGCUUCGCUUUUAGCCCUGUCUAAAUCUAUAUUAGAAUAGCUCUAUAUCAGUUGUGUAUUUGUGGAUAACCAAACCUAACACUUACAUCUAUCAUUGCAAGCUGUCAUAUUGUUUGUUUCUUAAACCACCUCGUGGGAUAGUUUAACACACGUUAACUUUACCAGUCAAUCAGUAAAAUGUAAGGGCUUUCCUGAGGACUUACAAAAACUGGCCGUACCGUACUAAUGUUGAAAUGAAUCUUUAUUAUGGAGACUUACUUGUGGUAAUGAUUCUCGUAUUGCGUAUUGGCUGGCUGGGUACAGGGAGAUAAGGGUGGCUGUUUUAGGAGCCAACAAAAUUCAUAUGAGAGAGAAGAUCCUUGUGCCGUGUUUGGAUGUAAUAAUGAUCACCUUUUUCUAGUUUAGUAUUAGAAAUAUGGUCUUUCACUGUAUUCUCGGGAAAAAGGCGAUCAUUAUUGCAUCCAAACAUGGCACAGGGAUCUUUUUUCCCAUUACAAUCUUAUUCUAAGAAAACUUUAAGAAAAAAUGUCCUGAAAAGCGCUCAAAAAUACAAACGAAAUGGGCUCAUGCCCCCUGGGCAUCCUAUAAUACUCCUUAAAUCAAAUUAAUUCAAUAUGGCCGCCGUAUCCGUAAAAAGGUCUAUUGCUAAACCAGAUUUUUCUGAAUAAAUAAAUGAAUAACAGUAGAGGAGUAGAGGAGAGUAGGAGCUACAGUAUUAGACAAUACUCACUACAAUAUUACAUUACUCAUGACAUUUGUUGAAAUACUUGUCAUCUUUUUAUUUGCUGAAAUACAGUCCACUCCUGAUAAUUUGAACCUUCAAGGGAAAUGGAAAAAAGUUCGAGUUAUCAGGAGUUCGAGUUAUCAAGGGUAAAAUUAUAUAGAAAAUCAUCUGAAGGGAAAUGAAAAUUGCUUCGAGUUAGCCGGAGGUUCGAGUUUUAGAGGGUUCAAGAUACCGGGAGUCGACUGUACCUGUCAUUUUACGCCUUCCUAAUGUUGACACUUGUAUCAACCAUUUGCAAAUAAAUGUAAUUCUCAACACUGGGAAAGGAUAAAGUUAGAGUUACACACAGGGAAAAGUUAAGACUAAGUUGGUUGAGAAGACAUGACAUGAAAAAUCUCCAGCUUCAGUCUGGUGUUGCAAUGAACUUUGAUGAGUGUUGUAGCUUUGCUAAAAGUUGAACCGCCCAGACCUCCAAGGUGACCAACCUACACAAAGGGAUGCAGUUGCCAAAUGUGGGUUAAUUAAAAAUUUAUAUGAAACAACUAUAUGGUCCUUUAAAAUCUGGGACAUUAAGAAUUUACAAAUAUAAUACAUAUUUGACUGUAAUACAUUUAUUGAAUAUUGCGGAUAUCAUUUUUGAAAUUUUUUCAUGCUUUUAGGGCAGGUGGAUUGUGGGUGAUUGUGCGAAGAGCCAAACAAGUAAGUUUAAUUAUUUUUAAUAUGUGCUGUCUGUAAUGUUUGUUAGAUCCCAAGUAACUUGUAUUUUGUUUUACUUUUACCCUCUAGUGCUUUAGUUUUUCACACAGUUUAUAACUCCUUCUCCCCUGAAGCAAAAAAAAGACAAAAUUAUGAAGACAAGUACGUUAGUAGAAGUUAAUUGAGUGUAUGUAUGGUGUAUUUCUUUUUCAGUGUCUGGACUUUGCAGCCACAACGCAUUUAAUUCAUCUGAUAGUCUGUACAAUAUAUGCUGGUUUUCCUACAUCCUUAACGUGGUGGCUUCUAAACCUUGCAUGUAUGGCACUUAUGUCUGUUAUAGGAGAGUUUAUAUGCAUGAGAACUGAACUGAAAGCUAUACCGGUGUCAGUUGCUUCUGUAAAAUCCACUGUUUGACAGUGCUGCUUGGAUCUGCUUUGGUGAAUGCUGUUUGCGUAAGUUAUGCAGAGGUGUGGAUGUCAGUCAGGCAAGGAUUCCGUUCCAAGGGUUUUAAGAGAGGGACGUGAUAAACACCAAGGAACUUGUUUUCUAGUGGAUCCAGACAUUGCAAGGUGGGGCUUGGAAAGAAAAAGCAAGGCGCCAAGAGCUGAACGCGGCUUAUUUCAAUAUAAUGCUUACAAAAAAUAAUAAUAACUUAUUGCCUCUUGGGCUUUAUCAGAUUUANCUCCAAGGUGACCAACCUACACAAAGGGAUGCAGUUGCCAAAUGUGGGUUAAUUAAAAAUUUAUAUGAAACAACUAUAUGGUCCUUUAAAAUCUGGGACAUUAAGAAUUUACAAAUAUAAUACAUAUUUGACUGUAAUACAUUUAUUGAAUAUUGCGGAUAUCAUUUUUGAAAUUUUUUCAUGCUUUUAGGGCAGGUGGAUUGUGGGUGAUUGUGCGAAGAGCCAAACAAGUAAGUUUAAUUAUUUUUAAUAUGUGCUGUCUGUAAUGUUUGUUAGAUCCCAAGUAACUUGUAUUUUGUUUUACUUUUACCCUCUAGUGCUUUAGUUUUUCACACAGUUUAUAACUCCUUCUCCCCUGAAGCAAAAAAAAGACAAAAUUAUGAAGACAAGUACGUUAGUAGAAGUUAAUUGAGUGUAUGUAUGGUGUAUUUCUUUUUCAGUGUCUGGACUUUGCAGCCACAGCGCAUUUAAUUCAUCUGAUAGUCUGUACAAUAUAUGCUGGUUUUCCUACAUCCUUAACGUGGUGGCUUCUAAACCUUGCAUGUAUGGCACUUAUGUCUGUUAUAGGAGAGUUUAUAUGCAUGAGAACUGAACUGAAAGCUAUACCGGUGUCAGUUGCUUCUGUAAAAUCCACUGUUUGACAGUGCUGCUUGGAUCUGCUUUGGUGAAUGCUGUUUGCGUAAGUUAUGCAGAGGUGUGGAUGUCAGUCAGGCAAGGAUUCCGUUCCAACGGUUUUAAGAGAGGGACGUGAUAAACACCAAGGAACUUGUUUUCUAGUGGAUCCAGACAUUGCAAGGUGGGGCUUGGAAAGAAAAAGCAAGGCGCCAAGAGCUGAACGCGGCUUAUUUCAAUAUAAUGCUUACAAAAAAUAAUAAUAACUUAUUGCCUCUUGGGCUUUAUCAGAUUUACCAGAAGGAGUGUAUCUCUUGCAAUCACCAUUUGUUUCAACAACCAAAAAAGUCUUCAUUCAAGCUCAUACAGCUGUUUUAACACUUUAUCCACAGUCUACAGUACUGUACCACCAAGGUCAGUUCUCUUAAAGGCCAUGUCAUAUUGAAACAUGUACGUACACUGUAGAUCAUAAAAUCAGGUUCUGAUUAUGAAAGCUCUGCAGGCAAUAUGAGUACUUUUCUUCUUCAAGAGCAGUUUUCUAAUUAAGAAUCAAGAGUUAUCUUGUCACUGCUUUGGUUUUACCCUGCUGCCCACUGUGUGUUCAGAUUUCUCUUUUUAAAUCUUUCUUUGCUAGUAUGUGACAAGAAUGACAACGAUAACAAACUUUCUUUGCAUGACCAUACAUGUAAAUGUACAUAGAGUACUACUGAAAAGAAACAAAAAUUCCGCCACACUUUUUGAUACACCAUUUUAGAGUCCCCCUUUUUUCUCGAAGUUCAUAUCAUAUGUACAGAGGGGAUGGGUGUCAGAGUUUACAUAUAUAUCCCAACCUCCCCCCCUCUGCUGCAGGUGGAUUUCAUACUCUUCCCCAGGUCACUUACAUAUUUUUGUACAUUCCAUACAUGUGAAACCAAGAUGGCUGCCAUUUAUAGCAAUCUUGAUGAUCUUUUGCAAAAAUAGGGGUUGCUAAAUAGUCUAACUUGGUGCAUACA